AUGACCAGCAGAAAGAUUCGGGAGGCUACCAGGCAUCUCGCCGCCCUCGCUGACGAAUUCGAGGUCUCGAACCCCGAAGAAUAUCAGAACCAAAUCAUCGAAACAGUGCGCGGUCCUCUUGAGGAGGCCAUCAAGGUGUUGCAGAAGCCCGGCGACGCCGACUUGUACUACAUGGUCAAUCUCCGCCACCACAACUCAGCCGACAUUAUGGACGUUGACAAGGACGUCAUUGAUGCCGACGACGAUAUGGCCACCGACGACCUGGACAACGUCGCUUCUGACGACGCAUUGGGUCCCGAAGAUCUUGUCUACGAUGCCGAGACCGACGCAAGGGGUGAUGGAGAUAUUCUCGUCGACGGUGAACUUCUCUAUGUUCACGAGUAUCUAGGCGAGAAGUGGACCCAGAUGAUCAUGGAUACGGAGGCAAUUUCACCCUUGACCUUGACCGAAGAAGGCGUGAUGGUCAAGCUCCCAGGAAUGUCUACGGAGCCAUACCAGCAUCAGCUGCAGAGUGCACCCAAGCUGUGUCACAUGUGUGACGGUCCUUUCAGGGGAGCCCUUCUUGCUGACGCAAAGGGACUCGGUAAGCGUUUGACAGUUGCCAUGACUGUCAUGCUUUCGGGAAAGACCCGUAAUCGCUACCAUGGCGCACCCGCUCUGAUCAUCACGAGAGUCUCACGUAUGGACCAAUGGGUCACAGAGUUGGACAGCCAUUGGAAGAAGGACCAUCGACCCAGGUGCUUGAAGCUGCGUGAUCAAAGCGUUACUGCUUCGACCGUCCUCGUUGGCGGUUACGACUUCGUGAUCGUCAGUUACGAGUAUGUGGCUGCUCAAUACAAGAGGCUGCUCGAGUACAAAGAGUAUCAUGCGCUCGUCAAGAGCAAGGCCAUCACCAUCGCCAAUGCCACCCGGCCCGACAAGAAGAUGCCCGCGCGUCCAGUGCUUUCCUUGUUCUCCGAGAUCUACAAGGACACUGGCAGACCUUUCCCUUUCCUGAUCCUCGACGAGGUCGAGUAUGUCAAGAAGCAGCAUUCGAAGGCACACAUUGCCAUCAAGCAACUUCCAUACAUGGCUGCCAUCUGCAUGUUGGACACCAUUCUCCCUAAUCAAUGGACUGACAUCUACGGUUACGGCAACCGCGUCAAGGACCCUCCGCCGACACUCCGCAACAGGCUCAUCAAAUUCUUGAUGGUGAUGACAGUGGGCCAUCCAGCAUCUAUCCUGAAGCUACCCGACGAUUUAGAGAACACCACUAACGUCGACCUUACUGCCUCAGAGAAGGAAUUUACGGAUGCUCUUGUGCGUGAGGGUCCUCCGGUUAUCCCUUACAUUUACCCGAUCAGAGUACCUUGCGGCACAAUCAGGGAGAGUGACACUGUUCAGGUCGAGUGA